GUAGUCUGUUCUUGUGGUCUGCUGAGUCUGCUCGUCUGUUGGUUUAUUUGAAAAUUAGUACAGUAAAGUUAUGGCACAAUUUUUCUUACAAGAAUAAUAAUUAUUCUCUAAAGACUACGUUGUUUUUAUUGGCGGAAUAUUGGUAGUGGAUUAAUAUGAAUAGUAAUUGUUACAAUUUACAUUAUUUUAAUUAGUCCGGUAUAAUGUUUAACAGAAAUUCCACAAGUAUUUUAUAGAACUUGACGCUUCUAAGAUCCCUUAUUACUUAUUAUUUUGUAUUCAUUAAUUUAGAUGUUUUCAAUUUAUACAAAAGUUUAACUCAUUUAAAAUUGUAAAUAUAUUUUUUUAAACUUGAACUAAAUCCGUAUUAUUUUGGCCACUGAUCUAAACACAAGCUAAAACAGGUUUUUCCAUAAUAGAAUUGUGUAUUACUGUUUACGUGUGUAAUAGACCUAUAGCCUGUUCGUUGGUUGUAGUAGUGUUCUUUUAUCCCUUAUCACUCGUUAUCAAUAUUUGACGUCCAAAUUUUGUUUGUGCAUGACGUCGAGGUCAAGCAGAAUAGUUCUGUUUUAGUAAAGUAAAAACAUAUUUAAAGGAAUUUCAAGUUGUAUUCUAGUAUAGCUAGUUGGAUUCUAUUUAUUUGCUAUAAUAAUUAUUUUGUUAAAUGAUGGCACAUUCUCCUAUAUGUUUGAGACAUGCUUUACUCCGACUUCGUGGAUCUUCGGGGGGAAAAUUAAAAGGCAAUCUGAGGAACUUGCAUAUUGGGGCUUUGCCUGAAACCCAUCAAAUGCUCCAAAAAACGUGUCGUGAUUUUUCUGAUAGCGAAUUGAAACCAAUUGCAGCAAAGUUAGAUAAAGAACAUAAGUUUCCAGCUGAACAGAUAAAGAAGAUGGGUGAACUUGGCCUGAUGGGGAUCUACGUGUCAGAAGAGUAUGGUGGUGCUGGGCUGGACACCCUUGCUCUGUCUCUGGCUGUCGAGGAAAUCGCUAGGGGAUGUGGAGGUACCGGCACCAUAGUCAGUGUGCACAACACUCUUUACGUUGGGCUCUUGGAUAAAAUGGGCACAAAAGAACAGAAAGAAAAGUUUCUUCCAUCUUUCACUGAUGGAACCAACGUUGGAAGCUUUGCUAUCAGUGAACCAGGUAGUGGAAGUGACGCGAGCAACAUGCUGGCUACGGCAAAGAAGGAGAGUGACUGUUGGGUGUUGAACGGCACGAAGGCGUGGGUGACCAAUGGAAUCGAAGCCAAGGCAGCCAUUGUCUUCGCCAAUGCCGAUAAGAGCAAAGGCCACAAGGGAAUUUGCGCAUUCAUUGUGCCAAUACCAACGCCAGGUCUUUCACAUGGUAAGAAGGAAGACAAAAUGGGAAUUCGAGCAUCUUCAACUUGCAAUUUGAUUUUGGAAGACGUGAGAAUUCCACAUGAAUAUCUUCUGGGGAAAGAAGGAGAAGGUUUUAAAAUGGCGCUUGCUACUUUAGAUGGUGCUAGAAUAGGAAUCUCAUCACAAGCCCUGGGCAUUGCGCAAGCAGCUCUAGACUGCGCCGUCGACUAUGCCAGCAAACGGUUGUCGUUUGGAUCACCAAUUCUCAAAUACCAAACUGUACAGGCACGAUUAGCCGACAUGGCAGUCAAGUUAGAGGCGGCUCGUUUACUUACAUGGAGAGCAGCUGUCUUGAGAGAUGCUGGUAAACGGUUUACAAAGGAAUCAUCGAUGGCAAAAUUAACGUCUUCUGAAGCAGCCACUUUUGUGUCACAUGGUUGUGUACAAAUCCUUGGAGGAAUGGGUUAUGUGACUGAUAUGCCAGCUGAACGUUAUUACAGAGAUGCUCGAAUCACCGAGAUUUAUGCUGGUAUUACUGAUAUUCAGAAGCUGGUAAUCGCCGAUAUGGUUGCUAGAGAAUAUGGACUCAGAACUCGGUAGUUAUAAUGUAUCUGGAAACAAAGCCUUCAACUAUUUUGUUUUAAUUGAUUAGCAUUUAAGAAACUAUCAGUGCACUUCAAAACAAGAGACUAACUUAUUGAAAAGAAACUAGUACGUACUCAGGCUUUGCUGUUCGAUUUAUCUGUAAGAGAUGAUAUGCGGCAAGCAAGUUUUUAUUUCUAUGAUAAAAAUAUUGAUUCUCCCAUUUCCAAUUUCGGCGAAACUCAUUUCCUUUGCAAUGACUGAUGAUUGAUGUACAUUUUCGCCACUGAUGUAUAUUUCCUAAAUCCCAGAAUUUUACCAGUAUAAGUACUAUAUGCUUAAGUACCAUAAGCACCAUACUAAACUAGCUAUGAAUAUGUAUUUUAUCAAGGUCCUUCCCCAAUAAUUUUAAUGAAUUGUGUUUUGUGUAUCAUUGAAUAAAUAAAUAAAAUCUAUUAUUAGAAUUUAUGAAAAUUGAAUGUUUGAGAUUAUUGAGUUGAUACACAGUACUAGAUUAUUAUAAUUUUAAAUUUAAUCUGCUACUACAUUUAAAAAGCAUGUAGGUCUAUCUAUUUAAAUGUUCAGUACUGGAUAUUAUUGAGUAGGUAGCCUACUCAUGAUGUUAAAAUAAUUUGAGUUGUUUAUAGUAUAUUUUUAUAACAUAAUAUAAAAUUUGUUAUUGAA